UACAUGUAUUUCUAUUGUACUGUGGAGUUAGCCAGCCAUCUUUGUAUAUGAGAACCGACCACCUGUAGUGACAACACGUGACCUUCAUCUGUUUAGUUUGAUGCCAUAAGCUGCUGACUCACAAAAUGGACUUAUUCUGGGUAAAGACAACAGAAUAUUGUCUGGCCGUAUUGCUUACAGUCGCAUUAAUUGUCGUGUUUAUCAUAUUGAUUUGGAAGAUUGCUUGGUGUUGCCGAAAAUAUCGUUUGAGGAGGAAGAUCGAAAUGAAAUAUUUAGUACUGGAGGAUCAUAAUCCAAACGUCAGCAUCGAAUUUCCUUCUCAAAACUCCUAUUAUCGUAUACUUGCCGAAUGCCAAAGCAGUGAUUGCGAUUAUCCCGAAUCGUCCAAAAAUAUCGUCAAAGGGCAGAAGAAAAAGGGAAAUAUCCCUGAACUUUCACCAAAUUUCCAGACGACUCCCUUCAUUAUGAAUAAAUGAACUUGAUACGAAUUUUCGUGUGUCUGUUUUAUAAAUGGAGACACACGAAAAUUAAGAAGGAUAUUUUAAUCUUACGAAGUUUCAACUAUUUUUUAAAAUAUAUUUUCUGAUUAUAUGGAUUAAAAAUAGUUGUUAAAUUAGUUAUUUUAUUAAUAAAUUAUACAGUCAAACCUGUACAACGGCCACUGACUGAAACAUAAAGAAAAAAAAAAUGGCGGACGUGGUCGUGGUUGAGGGUUCGACUAUUUAUAAAGGGAGUUGUGCUUUAUUUUUAAAUAUUUGUAAUUAAUUAAUUUUAAUACUAAACAGAUUGUCAUUUUUUUAAAUUUCAAAUUAUUUUUCACAUUAGUGUAAUUGGUUAAAUCUUUCGGUAACGUCGCAGCAAUUUCUAACCAAUCACACAAGUGUAAAGAUAAAUUUUGAAUUUGAAAUGUGACGCCGUAAAGCUGUAACCAAUUAUAUAGCUUCAAUAGGAAAUUUUGAAUAUUUGAAAAAUACGACGUCACUAAAAUUUCAUCCAAUUACACAGCCUUAAGAAUUUUUUUUUUUUCGAAUAUGAUAUUGGAGACGUUCACGACGUCACUGAAGAUUCAACCAAUUGUACGCGUUUACGAUAAAUUUUGAAUAUUUGAAUUUUAAAACGAAAAUUAAAAAAGAAAAAAUACAACAAAUUUUUAUAUAUUUUUUAAUAACUUUUUUUUAUAUCGACACCGGAGACAAAUUGUAGGGAAAAUAUGUAACAUUUUGUUUAAGAAAAUAGGUAGGUAAAUAAAUAAAAUUUUGUUUAAAUAAAAAUAAUAAUCAUUUGUAUAGAGAAAUAAAUUAAGUAGAAAGGUAUGCAAGAAAAUAAUUCUUGUAAUUCUCAUUAUUAUUAUUAUUAUUUAAGUCUAAUUAUUUUUGGCAAUCAAAAAUAAAUCAAGAAAAUCAUUUAAACAACAAUUUAUAGGAUCCAAAAACCAACUUGACUAAACACUAUAAUAUUGUCCAAAUGAUAUGUAGGGUUUUACUCCGAACAAAUGACCUGAUAACAAUCUGAAAAUAUAGAAA